CAUUUGACAGCUUAAUUGUAGAAUGGGACAAGCAAGCUAGUUGGAAAACCUCAUCAUUGUCGUGUGAAAGUACCUGUAUUAUUAGGUAAUAGUAUUCCCUCAGCCCAAAUAUUCCCUUAACACAACAAUACAACGAUGGCGUUCAGAAAUGUUUUAAGUUGUACAAGUAAUCUGCUUCGUCGUCAAAUGAUAACAACCUCUAAAUCGCAACUAAAACAAACACGGAGAUUUACACUGGGAGUUUCUUUGAGCCAAGAAGUAAAGGUGACAUUUAUCAGGGCAAAUGGUGAGAGAAUAGAAACUAAAGGCAAAGUGGGCGAUUCUCUUUUGGAUGUCGUAGUAAACAAUGAAAUUGAUCUGGACGGUUUUGGGGCCUGCGAGGGCACUCUUACUUGCUCCACUUGCCAUUUGAUAUUCAAACCAGAUGAUUACAAUAAAUUGCCAGAAAAACCCAGUGACGAAGAAUUAGACAUGUUAGAUUUAGCCUACGAUUUAACAGACACAUCACGUUUGGGAUGUCAAAUAACUUUAUCCAAAGAUAUGGAUGGACUGGAAGUCCAUGUCCCAGCCACAAUCAACGAUGCUAGAGCGGCGUAACUGCUGGCUUUAAAGCUUAAGCUUCAGACAGUGCUUGUGGACAACUACUUCCCUUCUAAUCUAAUGCCAGUUGUGUAGAAAAUUACAUUGUAAAACACUAAAAUAGGAAAUUAAACAAAUAAUGAUUUAGUAUCAAUGGUAUUUUAUGUAAUUUUAAAGUUGUUGCAAUAGAAACUAUUUUUUAUAAAAAUAUACAGUAAAUAUUCUAUAUAUUAAUGAA